AUAGUAUUUUCAUCUGGCAUCCAGCGUAUUUUAUGUAAAGUCGGUUACUUGUUUGUGCUUUCCAGGUUUGCACGUCUUUUUUUCCCCGUGCCAGUGGACGUAGUGGUCAUUUGCUGAGUUUCGUACUACUUCAUUGUAUUCUUAAGUUAACAGUUGUUUAGUCUCUGCACUGAAACGUUGUUUAAGGAUCACAAAACUCGAAACCAGCGAAAUAAGGGAAGAGAAAAGUAGCGUGAAACAGCAGGAGCGGUGAGGAGCGUCGCGCUCAAGAAACACAUCCAGGAAGAUAUCAUGACCAAAUUUCUGUUUUUACUGGCUACAGUGGUGGUUUGCCAGAAUGUAUCUAUUGGAAAAUCAUCCUAUGGCGACAUACUUUCUGGCAAUCAUAAAACUACAGAUCACCUGUACCCAAGCAGCAAGUCUUUUGGGUCAGAACACGACCUUUCAACCAGAGAAGCAGAAUCGCAGAACUCUGCAGAGCAGGCCAGCCUGUGCUACUUCAUUCAGGAGAGUGAAAUGGAGAGUCAGAUCUCAUGCAGACUUCGGUUUACCAGAAGUAAAUUUAACUUCAAUCCAUUUGGACUGCGCUUUGGAAAGCGUGAAAUGUACAGCACCACAAAUGGAAAGAGUACAGUGUUUACGAACAACAAGUUAUUGUCUUACGUUCUGAGCCAUCAACAAUCAAGAUUCUCCCACUGUAAGGAAAACAAGGAUUGUUAGAAAGUAUAAAUAUUUUAUUAGACUACUGCUUUAGUUGCAUUGAUCAUAUUUAUAAAUUGUGCAUAUUGUUAAAUUAACAAUGCAAUUGACUCUACUCAUUAUUUACUCCCAAAACUUGCAAUGUAUUCUUGUUUUGUAUAAUUUCAGUUCAUAAAAUAAACUUUUAACCAUGUUCUCAGAUUUCUCAAUAAAUGAGACAGAAAUAAA